AUGUCCUUCAACGUCUUCUCCAUUAACGCACAAACUCAGAAGCAGCCUAAAACCAAAACAUGUGUUCCUUGUAACACUGUCAUCAAGCUUGGAGAUGGCUUAGGAAACUGGAAAACUCAUGUUAGCUCAUUGAAACAUCAAGCGAAUGUUGCUGAAUAUGAUGCCCGCAUCGUCCGUGCUUCGGCUUCUAAUGCUGGGGAUAUGGACGUUGACAGCACCAAUUCGGGAGAGGAGCACCAGCAGCAGCAUAGUGGUAGCAACGACGACGUCGAAGACGACGAUGACAGUGACGACGAGUUGGUCGACAUUGCUGCUUUGCGUCAGUCGUACGGUGUUUUCCUCUCUCGGCGGCAGGAAUCUGGUGCUAAUGCCGAGUUCGCUGCUGAUGUGGAGAGUGAUGGUGGCAGCGACGAUGAAAUCGACGAAGGUGAUGAUGAUGGUGAUAAUCCGCUCGAUUUCAGCGUCGACUACGAGACCAACGAAGACUGGAUGAUUAAAAAGCAGCUGAAAAGUCUUCUCGAAGAUGUAGCCGUGAUGUUUCGUGAGGAUAAGGACCUCAAGGUGCCAUCUGUUCGUUGGAUGAUGGAUCUAUCGUAUGCUAAGCGAAGCAAAGUGCCAAAAAUAAGAAUAACAACAGUCAAAGCAGAGAUCAGCAAGCCUAAUACAGACGAAACUAUCGAAGUUACGGCACAUAUGCAUAAGCCAUCAGAUUGCUUAAAGCUACUCAACGCUGAUCCAACUGUCUCUUCGAGUUUGAGUGCUCUACCCGACAAAACGCCUGACCAGCGAAUCGAAUUGACGCAAGGCAGUAAAUGGAACACCUGCAAUCUAUUCCAGCAUCCGUGCGUUACUAAUUCUGUAGGAGCAAUGCUUUGGGUUGGUGAUUAUGCCAAAAUAAUCGGCAUCGGGCAGCAAACAACGUGCAAAAUUGCAAAGUUCUACACUAAGCAUGGUAUUACAUUUGCCGACAUCUGUCCCGUCAAACUGGCCAAAAAGCAGGGUAACACGGAAGUAGCCGUACUUUCCUACGAGAGCGAUCCUGAACAUCUAUACUACGUAACAAUGCCAAUCGAUAGACUUGCCCUUGAUUAUGAUGCCAAUUGCAAAUGGCAUUAUCUCGAGCACGUUGCUGCAAAGGUGACUAGUUCCGGUGCUGCUGGGGAUAUCUGCGAUUUCGACAGCGGCGAGUUCAUCCCUAUUGACUUUACGAAGCAUAGUGAUUUCAGAAUCGGUUUGCGUUACGAUCGUCGGCUGCCUGUCAAGAUCGUACCAGUGAACUUGUUCACUGAUGACACUAGCGGCAACGAUCAAAAAAAUGGAACAAGUUCGAUAGCUGGUCUCUAACGCCCGCUGCACUUCCACUCGCUGAACGCAACAAACGGGAGAGCACGCACUUGAUAGCUGUCCACAACAAAUUGACUGCUUUGGAGAUGCUUCCCUUUAUUGUCGAGGACUUGUGCGAGCUGCUCGAAGGGUGUGGUGAUGUUCGAUGCUGCUAGCAAUCAGGACGUGUUGGUGGUGGCGCCGCUGUGCUUUAUUUCGGCCGACAAUCCUCGGCACGCCGAACUCGUGUGUAGCAAAGGCCUUGCUUCAACUUUCCUUGUCGCAAGUGCUACUACUAUAAAGGAUGUGAUGAGCACUGGGCAGCUCCACCUCGCAAUAUUACUGACGUUGCAAUGCUGUCAAUGGGUCUUGAUCUGGAGGAUCUGGUGCGAUUGCCAAAUGACACUGUGACAGCGAAUCCUACUGCUGUAGGAUAUAAACUGACUGGUGGGGAGGCGUUGGGCA